CCACUUUCUCAGGCCCAAGGGAGGGGCAGGGAAGGGCGCGGUCUCCUUGCCGCAGAGCCCAACUGCGCCUGCGCGGACUGCGGCAGAAGGCGGGGUGUUGAGAAGCCAAGUACACAGAGACUAACGUUCACUGUGGGCUGGUACCUGCUUUCUCUUCCAUCGCCUCUAAUUUCGGUUUCAUCGAGUUGACUGGAGCUUUCUUUCUUGCAGCAGCAGCAACAGCAAUAGCAUCAUCGCUAGCGCCAGUUUUGGGCUGAAGCACCUACACGCCUCCUGUCCUCUCUCUGCCAGAUCACGGGCCUGUUGGUGUUUGCUUCUACUCGCGGAUAGACAGGACCAUGUCACUGGUAAGCCAGAAUUCGCGCCGCCGCCGCCGCCGCGGUGCACCAGCCACUGCGCACAACAGCAGCAGCUGGGGUGAAAUUCAGGCACCUAACGCCUCUGGUCUCCCCGCUGCUAUGCCAGGCCCAGACGUCCCCCAGGGUCUCAACGAUCCUCGGAUCCUCCAGGGCCUCUGCGCCUCUGAGGGCCCAAGUGUGUCUGGGCUGCCCACUCCCGGUGAGGGCCCAAGCACCUGUGAGCCGCCCACGGCCUCUGAGGGCUCAAAGGUCUCCAGGCAGCCUACCAUCUCUGAGGGACUGAGCACCUUUGUGCUGCCCUCCACUGGUGAGGGCCCAAGCAUCUCCGGGUCUCCCACCAUCUCUAAGGGGGCGAGCACUUAUGGGCCGCCCACUUCCUGUGAGAAAUCGAGUACCUUGGUGACUCCCAACACCGGCAAGGGCUUUAGUACUUCCGUGCCACUCACCACCCCUGUGGGAUCGGGCACCUCCGUGCCAGCUUCUUUUGGUGAGAAACUGAGCACCUCUGAGCUACCCACCGCCUCUAAGGGACCGGGCAUCUCCAUGCCGCCCCCCCUUGGUGAGGGACCGAGCACCUCCGUGCCGCUCACAGCCUCUGAGGGACUGGGCACCUCCGUGCCGCCCCCCAUUGAUGAGGGACCGAGCACCUCCGUGCCUCCCACGGCCUCUGAGGGAUUGGGCACCUCCGUGCUGUUCCCCUUUGGUGAGGGACCGAGCACCUCUGUGCCGCCCACCCCUGGUGAGGGAUUGAGCACAUUCAUGCUGCCCACCGCCUGUGAGGAACCGAGCAACUCCAUGCCAUCCACCCCUGGUGAGGGACCAAGCACAUUGUUGAGCUCUAGUGCGUCUGUGGCCCAGAAGCUCUCCAAGUGCUCCAUUGUUUUGCCAAACCCUAGUGUGGCCAGGGCCUCCAGGGUCUUGGACUCUGAGGGCCCAAAGGGUGCAGAAGGUCCUGUGGAAUUUCAGGUCCUGAGAGACUAUGAGAGCCCCAAUUCAAUUACCAUUAUGGGCCCCAGUACUUCUCGGGUUGCCAUUACCCUGAAGCCCCAGGACCCCAUGGAACAGAAUGUAGCUGAGCUGUUGCAGUUCCUGCUCGUGAAGGAUCAGAGCAAGUACCCUAUCCAAGAGUCUGAAAUGAGGGAAUAUAUUGUUAAAGAAUAUCGCAGCCAGUUCCCUGAGAUCCUCAGACGAGCAGCAGCUCACUUGGAAUGCAUUUUUGGGUUUGAAUUGCGUGAACUUGACCCUGAAGCACAUACCUACAUUCUGCUCAACAAACUUGGACCUGUGCCCUUUGAAGGGUUAGAAGAGAACCCUAAUGGGCCAAAGAUGGGCCUACUGAUGAUGAUUCUAGGACAAAUAUUCCUGAAUGGCAACCAAGCCAAGGAAGCUGAGAUUUGGGAAAUGCUCUGGAGGAUGGGGGUGCAGCGGGAGAGGAGGCUUUCGAUUUUUGGGAACCCCAAGAGACUUCUGUCUGUAGAGUUUGUAUGGCAGCGUUACUUGGACUACAGGCCACUAACUGACUGUAAUCCAGUGGAGUAUGAGUUUUUCUGGGGUCCACGAUCCCACCUAGAAACCACUAAGAUGAAAAUUCUGAAGUUCAUGGCCAGGAUCUAUAACAAAGAUCCUAUGGAUUGGCCAGAGCAAUACAAUGAGGCUUUGGAAGAAGAUGCUGCUAGAACCUUGGCUGAGGGUUGGCAGGCUCUUCCUCACUUUAGAAGGCCCUUUUUUGAUGAAGCUGCUGUAGAGGUAGCACUCCCAGAUUCAGAGGUUUCCAACCAUUCCUCAAAAUAUUCCCCACAUUCAUGGCCUGAGUCAAGAUUGGAGAGCAAGGCAAGGAAGUUGGUGCAGUUAUUUCUGCUUAUGGAUUCAACUAAGCUGCCUAUACCAAAGAAAGGAAUUCUGUACUACAUUGGCCGAGAAUGCAGCAAAGUGUUCCCUGACCUCCUGAAUCGUGCUGCACGCACUCUGAACCAUGUCUAUGGGACAGAGUUAGUGGUACUUGAUCCCAGGAACCACUCCUAUACCCUGUACAACCGAAGAGAAAUGGAAGAAACUGAAGAGAUUGUGGACAGUCCAAACAGGCCUGGCAACAACUUCUUGAUGCAGGUCCUAAGCUUCAUCUUUAUAAUGGGCAAUCAUGCCAGGGAGUCUGCAGUCUGGGCCUUUCUGCGGGGCUUAGGGGUUCAGUCUGGGAGAAAGCAUGUGAUUACCUGUAGGUAUUUGAGCCAGCGCUAUAUAGACAGUUUACGGGUUCCCAAUAGCGAUCCAGUGCAAUAUGAGUUUGUAUGGGGCCCUAGAGCCCGCUUGGAAACCUCCAAGAUGAAAGCCCUGCGGUAUGUGGCCAGAAUUCACAGAAAGGAACCACAGGACUGGCCACAGCAGUACAGGGAAGCAAUGGAAGAUGAGGCCAAUAGAGCUGAUGCUGGGCACAGGCAAUUCUUUGUUCACAACUUCAGAUAGAGGAAUGCAUGGCAGUCAGAAGGGCCUUGCAAGGCCAGGCCCGAGAGCCCUAAGUCUCAUGCAUUGGGGGUAUUAUAUUUGGUAUUUGUGUUCCAGUUCUAUUUGUGUUUAUUCAUAUUUAGUUCUUGUGUGGUAUCUUGAAAAGUUUCAAGUGUU